UAAGUCAUUGGAUCGUAUGAUCACCACAAGAUUGUGAACCAGAAACUUAACCGAUAGGUCAGCUUAAGUAAUAGAGUCAAGUGUACAAAGAGAGUGGGUCAGGGAUUUUUUCAGUUAGUUUUUUUAGCCUAAUUCUAGAGUAGACGUCAUUUUAAACGUAAGUUUGCUAUGAACUUAAUCUCGGCCUCGGGGGAAGGAAAAAGACGAAAUGAACAGUGCUGCUCAGUAUUUAAAUGAAAGACAGAGUAUCCUCACACGGCUUUUAGAUGCAGUUAAACAGUGCCAAGUUCGAUUUGGAGGGAAAACAGAGCUAGCAACAGAUUCUGACAGCAGAGUUGUCUGCUUGCUGUCUGUGUGGGAGAGUGCAUUGCAGCAUGGGGUAAAGCAGAACCUGGUGGCAAACAAGGCCUUAUCAACCCUAAAGCAAGUGACAGAACUUACUGGGCUUUCCAAGGUGAAGGGUUUGGGUGUACUUUCAGACUUACAAAACAUAGAAACAGAGCCAGUAUUUUGGUAUUAUGUGAAGGAAUUCUUGAGUCAACAUGAGAUUAAGCGAUAUAUGUCUCUGAAGCACAUUAACACAGAUGCAGGGCGUGGCCGGGCGUGGCUCAGAUCCAGUUUUAAUGAACACUCCCUGGAGAGGCAUAUGCAUGUAUUUCUGGACAGUCAUCAAAAGUUGAGUCAAUAUUAUGAAGAUUGGGCAUUUUUGAAAGAUGUGGAGAGAAGCAGCAUGCUUCCUAUGAUGGCUGCAGGACUUGGAUCCAUUUUAUUUGCAAUAAAUAUAGACAAUGAAGAACUGAAUAAAAUCCGGCCUGUGUCGUCCUCUUUACCUGUCAGUACCCCUCAACCACUCAGGUCAGCAAGUCAGGAUGAACCCAAACCAGUGCUGGCUGGAGAUGUGGAAGUUGGGAUGGAAAAGAAAAAAGACAAGAAGAAGAAGAAAAAAGUCUCAACUAUUGUGUCAUUUGAUGAAGAUGAUGAUGGUGCUAGUACAACAAACACAACAGAGAGUAAGCCAGUCAAAGUGUCUCAUCUGAGAAGCCGAAGUAGUGACCUUUCAAAACAAAUGAAAAGUGUAGAAUUUCAGACCUCAGGAACUUUGUCCAGUUCAUACCCUGACUCUCAUUCUAUAUCAUUAACAUGUGCCUCAGUGGAAGAGAGGACAUCUGUUCAUUUCAAGAAAGCGGACUCUGAAAAUAUAUUUACUGAUGAGAAGGAAUCUAAGAAAUGCAGAGAUUCUGAGGGAUCGGAUCAGGAACCUAGCAUUUAUGAUUCAGUUGUUAAAAAGGACACUAAUAGGGAUGUGGAAAAAGAAGUUGUUGGUGGAAGAAUUAAACAUUCACGAAGCUCGACUUCUCUGGCUUCUCAUUCAAGCAGAGGAUCUGCAGAAACUGAUGCUGUUAGCAUGGACAUUCCAUCAGAUCUGACUCCUCUGUCAGUGCUAGGAGAGCCAGUGGAUGUAGAUAACCUGGGACCAUACAGCAAGUCUCUAGAUUCCAGAUCUGGAAGUUCUUCCUCUGCUGACCUAACUACAUUGCCAAACUAUCCAGACACAGAACAUGCAGCUUUGGCUCUUGCCAUGGCACAAAAGGGACUUACUGACUACUUUGGACAGAGGACAGAGGGCGAUGGAGGGAAUGUUGCUGAAAGUCCAAAACAUGAAACCAUGACAACUGGUGAACUGAAACAGGCAGUGGUUGCCAUGAUGGUGAGAAAAGAUGAGGUAGAAGAACAAAAUAAGGCUCUGCAUGCCAUGUAUGACAGUGAAAGAGAGACCAAUGUCGGACUGAGACUUGAGAUAGAAGAGAUGGAGAAGGACCAUAAACAGAAACAUGAAGCAGAUCAGAAGAAGAUACAGGCUCUUGGCAGGGAGAAUGACCUCCUAAAACACCAGUUAAAGAAGUAUGUGAGUGCUGUGCAGUUGUUGAGAACACAGGGGGCUCACGCAGACAAUUUAGGUAUUCACUUAGAUGAACCUCAGCCAGUUGUCCCCCCUGAGAAGGAAGAGAUUGACUACUGCCAUGAGGCCAGUGAAUAUGAAAGAAAACUUGUUCAGGUUGCAGAAAUGCAUGGUGAACUGAUGGAAUUCAAUGAAAUGUUGCACAAAGAACUGAAUAGCAAAGAGAUCCUAAUAAAACGAUUACAGAAUGCACUGGAAGAACUGAGAGGACCGUUACCGAGUAACAGUGGAUUUGAAAAUGUAGGAUCUGGUGAUGACAUUAGCAUGGUUUCCACAGAUUCACAAAACCGUCCUCUGGUCAACAUCUGGAUUCCUUCAGCUUUCAUGAGAGGAAAAGGUUCAGAUAUCCAUCAUGUGUAUCAGAUUUAUAUUCGAAUCAAAGAUGAAGAGUGGAAUGUGUACAGAAGAUAUGCACAGUUUAAUGAACUUCACAAAGUACUGAAGAAGAAGAUGCCUAUUCUGAAUGCAGUUGAAUUUCCACCAAAAAAAGCAAUUGGAAAUAAGGGAAGUAGGUUUGUCGAGGAAAGAAGAAAGAAACUGCAGCUGUAUUUAAGAAGAGUAUUAAAUUACAUUGUACAGCAAAAUCCUGAUCUUGCCAAUGGUGCCUGCAAGGAUGUCCUUCUCAAAAUUUUACCUUUCUUCGGGGAUCAAGUCAAGUCGGAGAAGCCAUCGAAAAAAGGAUUGUCUCGUAAAAAAAGUCUCCCCACCAUGAACUCCACUCCUCUCCAGGAACAGUCUCCACAGUAUUCAGGAUUGUGAUAAAUUACAUUACUAAAUAUUUUAAAGUUAACAUAUGUGCAAUUAUUGUGGCCCUUUUCAACUUGAGCAAUAUACUUAACUAGGACCAGUCCACUUUGAGAGAUUCUGGCAUGUAGUUACUCCCUUUAAUUUUUAGUUUGUUUCCUAUUUAGUUCAGUCAAUUGAUUGGCCAUGUAGAGCAGGGGUGUCAUGCGAAACUCUUAGGUUAUAGCCAGGCUAUCUACUUGCCAAUCUUUCAAACUGGACCUGUCAAAUUAAGUGUUCCACUCGAUGUAGAAAUGGCCCUAUUUUACCAGGAUGCUUAUUUUCUGAUUUUAUGUACAUCAGGACUUCAAAAGGUGCCAAAGGUGCUCCAAGGGUGAAAAGAUUUCAUUGGUGCAAAAGAUUAUUGUUCAGUUUGUUGAAUGAAAUGAUUAGAAUCACAAUUUGUCUUUACGCCAGUGAAGUUACUUGUAGCUCAAGUAAUUAAGAUGAUAUUAUGGUCAGAUGGGUCUUAUAGCUAUUUUAAACUUCUAAAUAUUUUACAUGAUUCUGAGGAUACAUGAACAACACUACAGUUGAAUGGGUCUUCCACUCCAGAGGAAACGGAUAAGUUUUAUGAAUGUUGCAAAAAUAUUGAUACAAUGCUUGGUAGUCAACUGUGGUGGCUAAUAUGUGUCAUAUGCUGGAAUAGUACAUGGGUCCACGUAUUGUGAUGAAUAAGAAACGACAUGCUUUCUGUGCUGAGUAUGAGUUUAUAAUAUUCAGUAAGAUUUUGUAGUGUAUAUUUUGUUAUUAUAUACCACUUGCUAAUCAUGUUAGAAAAGUAUUCUACAGAUUUUGUGUAAGUUGAUAAAGACAGUGAAAGUGGCCAGUUUCUUAUAAUUAAUGCUCAGCAGAACAGAUCAUUUUUUUCCACAUUUCACUAUGAAUAGGCCUUCUAGCUAGAUGACUAGAUGUUGACUUCAUAUGUUUACUGAAAUGCUCGCUUUCCAGCAUUCAUUAGUCAACAUCUGGUCAUGCAGCUGCAAAAAGCCUAUUGAUGUCCUAAAAGUACAUUGUUUUGAGCACCUGCUAAAACUCCCUAUACACUAGACGGCCUCCUUUCUGCUUUCUUUGUGCGACAAUGAAAAUGGCACCGCUGUGGUCGUAGAAAGUAGGUACAAACAAUGCUUUGGUUGCAGAAUGAAUGCUCAAUGAGCGGCCAUAUGUCGGCACGUGAUGUAUUAUUUUUUUCUACUCUCAAACUGGGCCGUUCUACGAGACACAGAAAGGAAGCCGCCCAGUGUAAAGUGGGCUUGACUUCAGAAGGUACAUCAGGCUGAAAUUGAAAUGUAAUUGGCAAUUAUAUACAAUACUUGACUUGAGGAUUUUAAAUAGAAUUGGAGUCUUUCCUAUUCCACAAGUUGAUAUUUCAAGUGUCUGUCUUUCAACAGAAGUAUUUCUUCAAUAUAUCAGAAAUUAUUGCCAAUGGAGAUUUUAAUUUGAUACAAUUUUGUCAGAUUUUCUCCUGUCUUCUUAAAGACCAUUUUAUAAUGUAGAUGAUGUUAAGCAUUCCUUUUAGAGAUUUUAAUCAGUUUUUCUAAUAUACUUAGCCAAUUGCUGUAUACUCUGUACAAGUUAUCUUUCUAGUUUUUAAUAAGUUGAAACUGUUUGCAGUUAAACAUGGUAUGGCUUUAUUACUCUCAAUGUUUUUUUGUUUGUUUGUUAGCUAGCACUGUUAUAUUUGAUAAUACUGGUGUAGCCUACAACCUAUUUUGUAAAUAAAAUUGAUCAAGUAAUAAGAA